GUUUCUCCUGUCCUGUUUUUCGAACAUUAAUCGGCUGCUCGGUGUAUUUAUUUGCCUUUUAGGGUUUUACGGGGGUUUUGGGUUCUCAAUAUCUCUGUCUCUGGGAAAUGAAUUUGAGGUGGAAGCGCCUAGUUUCAAAGCAAACGAUAACAAAUCUAUCAAGAUUCAAUGGAAGAUCUCUGUCUACAUACCCUAAUGUCAGUGAAAGCAGUGGCAUGUGUUUGAUUGGAGCCCCGAUUAGUACUGCCGCAUACCCUGCAAGCAACUACCAUGGUACUCUUCUCCAAAUCCCUAGAUGCCUAAAAAAAAAUUUGUUUUUCUGCAGAUACGUUCAGUCUACUCAACAAGCAAGGCGAAGCCACUCAAGUGCUGAGCCUGAUGAGGAGGAGGAUGGCACAGUUAACAAGUUCUUGUCGCGAUUCGUGUGGAUAAUGCGCGGGAAGCUAUCAGAAGUUUACACAGAUUGCGAUAAAGAGACAAUUGAUGGGAUGCUUUUGAUUAUUGUGGGGAAGGUUGUAUCUGAGAUGGAAAAGGGUAGCCUUGAGCAUAUGCUCGGUGCUGCAGAGGCCUUACCAUCGCAGGAUUUCAGCCAGGAUUUGUGGGUAACUGUUUGGGAAGUUAGUAAUUCGGUGUUAGAGGACAUGGAGAAAGAAAGGAAGAAGGAGAGAAUGAAGAAAUUUCUGCAAUCUGAGGAGGUGAAGGAGAUGUCUAGGUUUGCUGGUGAGGUUGGGAUUCGUGGGGACAUGUUGAGAGAGCUAAGAUUUAAAUGGGCCCGUGAGAAGAUGGAGGAAAGUGAGUUUUAUGAGAGUUUGGAGCGUCUGAGGAACGAGGAGAGGGCUGAAGAGAAGGAGGAUUUGGAGGCAAAGACAGCCGAAACAGUGAGCGAAGAGGCUGGUGUGGCUGAUGAGAAACCUCAGGUUGUUUCUCUACCGAAGAGACAUGGGAAGAUAAAGUACAAAAUUUAUGGACUUGACCUGUCUGAUCCAAAGUGGGCUGAAGUGGCUGAUAAAGUACAUCAGCAAGGGGAGUUUAUUUGGCCUCAAGAACCAAAGCCAAUAACAGGCAAAUGCAAAUUGGUAAUGGAGAAAAUACUUUCUCUGAAGGAGGAUAACGACCAUUCCCCAUUAUUGGCCGAGUGGGUUGAGCUUCUACAACCUAGCAGGAUUGACUGGAUCUCUUUGCUUGAUAGAUUGAAAGAACAGAAUGCUGGUUUAUACUUUAAGGUUGCUGAACUUGUGUUGAGGGAGAAAUCAUUCCAGGCGAAUAUUCACGAUUAUUCAAAGCUUAUUGAUGCCCAUGCCAAAGAGAACCGCUUGGAAGAUGCUGAGAGAAUUCUUAAGAUGAUGAACGAAGAUGGUAUGGCACCGGAUAUAUUGACAGCCACAGUUUUGGUGCACAUGUACAGCAACGCCGGCAAUCUUGAUCGUGCUAAAGAAGCAUUUGAAAACUUGAGAAGCCACGGCUUCCGGCCUGACAUGAAGAUCUACUACUCAAUGAUCAUGGCAUAUGUGAAGGCUGGCCAACCCAGGUUGGCCGAGUCAUUGAUGAGAGAGAUGGAAACAAGAGACAUCAAACCUACAAAGGAGAUUUACAUGGCAUUGCUGCGGUCUUUCGCCCAACGUGGUGAUGUUGUUGGGGCUGGACGAAUUACAACAACGAUGCAGUUUUCAGGAUUCCAGCCAAGUUUGGAAUCCUGCACAUUGCUUGUCGAGGCACAUGCGCAUGCUGGAGACCCAGAGCAAGCUAGGAACAACUUCGACUACAUGAUACAACUAGGAAAUAAACCCGAUGACAGGAGUACUGCUAGCAUGAUUGCAGCUUAUGAGAAAAAAAAUAUGUUUGAUAAGGCAUUAAACCUUCUGUUGCAGCUUGAGAAGGAUGGCUUUGAGCCUGGACUUGCUACGUAUACUGUUCUUUUGGAUUGGAUGUCAAAGUUGCAGCUGCUUGAUGAGGCUGAGCAUCUGUUGGGCAAGAUUGCUGAGCAGGGUGAAGCCCCUCCUUUGAAGAUUCAAGUUAGCCUUUGUGAUAUGUACUCGAGGGCUGGGGUUGAGAAGAAGGCUCUUCAAGCAUUGGGGGUUUUGGAAGCAAAUAAGGGGCAAUUGGGACCAAAUGAAUUUGAAAGGAUUAUAGAUGCACUUACAGCUGGGGGGUUUGUGCAGGAUGCUCAAAGGGUACAUAAAAUGAUGGAAGCCCAGGGAUUUACUGCAUCCGAAAAGCUAAAGGUGAGCCUAAUGACAUCUCAAGCUUUCCGCAAGAGACCAACGGUACAACGAUAAACUAGGUGGCUGGUAAUUCUUCUCAAGUCUUCACUUUUAUGAAAUAUCAGUAGGAUGGUUGUCUUGGGAAUUUUGACAAUCGGUGUUGUGGGACAUAAUUGGAGAAGCAAGGAUCUUGUCCAAAUUAUGUCAACCUUAACUGUCUUUUCUGGGCAUGAUUCUUGUGCCCAUAUGAAUGGAUUGUUGUCUCAUUUUCAAUUGCAGUAUGUGGCGCUUUUGAUUAAUUAGUUGAAAGAGCUAGGUUGUGUUUUUCA